AUGCCAUUCGAUCUUCCUAUCAGACCGUAUUCAAAAUAUACAUAUGGACAUAAGAUCUGUGCUCUGAUAUUGUGGAUUCUCUUGUCCCACUCCUGUCUGGCAUACUACACUUUAUACCUUCGUGAAGGUCGCGGAGAUUGGUUUGAUGAGGAACUCCGGAGACAAGUCAAUGGCAGAUUAGGACGAAAACUACCUGGGGUCUGUUAUAAAUUCAAACAAAUUGUCGGAGGGGCGAAGGCCGAGUAUUUAGUGGUCUACAAUCCUCCCGGCGAGCCUCCAGCAUCAGUUAUCGCAUUCUCACGGAGUCAGGUUUGUCCCGAGGAAAAGUAUAGCCUGUCAGGGCGAUUAAUUCUAGCAGUAGUGUUGAACCCUAGUCAACUUGAGGGUGCUCACUUAGUUAAUCUCACUGCUCUUGGAUCCGAUCUUGCUUUCCACGAGGCGUCCUUUGUGUCGUUAGACCCAAGUAUUCCCAAAGGAGACCCCAACGAUCUUCUAGCCAAUACAACAGAUGAUCCGAAGCCCGCAAUCUAUGCAUGGAUGAAGAAAGGCGGUAAACAUCUAUUUGAGAGGAAGAGGGUUUACGUCCCCGGAAACGUAUACAAUAUUCCAGACCCCUCUGACAAACUCAAAGAUGUGUUUCAAGGUGGCGGGUUAUUCUAUGGUUACUUGAGGGACCUCGGGGAACGGUUCAUUUUAUCCAAAACUUCACCUCAAGAGUUUGAAAAAUCGCAACUCGUCCCAGAUAUAGCGUCAUAUGAACAACAGAUUCAAGCAUAUAUAAGCAAUAUUCUUUCUCUGGGCGAUACUAGGGAUGAAGCUAUAGCAGAAGGAAGAUUACCGCCGCGCCCGGCUCGAAAACCAAAGAUUCGCAAAAACGAUGGCGUCAUUGCCUACGUCCGGGACUUGGUUGGCACGAACGUUUUGCCGAAGGCUCGGUUGAACGAGUUGAGAGGUCAGGAUGUCACUCGGCAGCUACAAGAACUCGAAGAACUCAUGAAGCCAUUCGAUGAUCCACCAGGAAAUAGAGUCUCGAGCAAUGAUAACCAAGAGCUAGAAAAUGAGUCCUCAGAAAGCUCCGAUGAGAGCUUGACCGAGUCUGGCUCUGGAACUGACGGUAUCAGUAGCGAUAUACAAGGGCAAGAAACCAAUUCUUUGGAGAAUAUAGAUCAGGUUUUGGAGAAUAUAAAUCAAGUGCCUGUGCAGCAAGAUGUUGAAAACCAUAAUCAGGUUUUUAUCGAAGCUCAAGAACAGGGAAUUGGUCUACGAGGAGAUGCUAGUGAAGAGCCUCAGCAGUACAACGCCGGAAUGCUUAUCAAUGAAGCCGAGAUAGACGUCUUAGCCGAGAGUCUACAACACAAUAUUGGAAGCCGACAGUCAUCUAUCUAUUCUGACGACGGUCCUUACUCGUACGGCGCAACAUCAUCGGGACGAGGUAUGGAUCCGCGGAGAAGGCGUAUUCCUUUAAUGGAAGAUUCUUUCUCUGACCCCAACCCGUUGGUGGCGGGGCAGUCCCACCAAUCACAAUUGAAUCUUCAAAACGUAGCAGGGCUUGACGAAGACGAGCGAUUCGAAGUUGGCCCUGGGCGAAGGAGAGGAUCCCCGCAAAACUCUGCCCUUCAAACAUAG